ACCAUUAUUAGUCCACACGCACACACACCCAUAAACAAACAUUAUACUCCAAAUAUCUUCUCCUCUUCUUUUUUCUUUUCUUCUUCAUCCAAUUUUAUUCUUCUCACAAACUCAAACUCACCAAGAUGUGUAACUAACUAACUCUAUGAUGAACUGCACCGAAAGGUCUUGUGCUUCUACCUCAAGAGAUUGAAAAUAGAAGCAUAUGCUAGCGACUUUUUAGGGUAGGAAAAAAAAAAGAAAGAGUUUUAUAUAUAUGAUUUUUUUUGUGGGGAAAAAAUUGAAAUGAGGAAUUGGAGUGUAGUUUAAGGUUGUUGCUGCAGCAUGAGUUUUAGAGAGAGGGAUGUUGAAGUUGAAGAGACGGAAUGUGAAAAAUCGGUGUCUCGGGUUAACGGGUCGUUAACGGAGGCUACUGGUAGUACUACACAGUUUACGAUUGAUGAGAAUCUUCUGGUUGAUCCGAAAUUGUUGUUUAUUGGUUCUAUAAUUGGGGAAGGAGCUCAUGGAAAGGUUUAUCAAGGAAGAUAUGUAGAUCGAAUAGUUGCUAUAAAAGUUCUGCAGCGUGGGAGCACCUCAGAAGAAAGAGCUUCACUUGAAAAUCGUUUUGCACGGGAAGUUAACAUGAUGUCUCGUGUCCACCAUGAUAAUCUUGUGAAGUUUAUUGGAGCAUGUAAAGAUCCUCUAAUGGUGAUAGUUACAGAACUUUUACCAGGGAUGUCACUGCGAAAAUAUUUGACAAGUAUCCGACCUAAACCAUUAGACCUUCACACGGCUAUAAACUUUGCCCUUGAUGUUGCUCGGGCCAUGGAUUGGCUGCAUGCUAACGGGAUCAUACAUAGAGAUCUAAAACCUGACAAUCUGUUGCUUACAGCAAAUCAGAAGUCUGUAAAACUUGCAGAUUUUGGGCUUGCAAGAGAAGAAUCGGUGACUGAAAUGAUGACUGCAGAAACCGGAACUUACCGAUGGAUGGCACCGGAGUUGUAUAGUACGGUAACGUUACGUCAGGGAGAGAAAAAGCACUAUAACAACAAGGUUGAUGUGUAUAGCUUUGGGAUUGUUUUAUGGGAGCUACUAACAAAUCGCAUGCCUUUUGAAGGAAUGUCCAAUUUACAGGCUGCUUAUGCUGCUGCCUUCAAGCAAGAGAGGCCGAAAAUUCCAGACGAUAUAUCACCCGAUCUUGCUUUCAUCAUACAAUCAUGCUGGGUUGAAGAUCCAAACAUGAGACCAAGCUUUAACCAAAUCAUCCGAAUGCUCAAUGCGUUUCUCUUCACACUCUCGCCACUAUCUCCUCCCUUACCAGAACCCGACAAUGAACCAGAGGCGGCUUCAACUAGUAACGGCAAUGGUGCCAUUACUGAGUUUUCUGCCCGGAACAAAGGAAAGUUUGCGUUUCUUCGCCACCUGUUUUCUUCGAAAAGGAUAAAAAACUAACCGUAAGGUGCUAAAACCUUUUACCAUUCCCUUUUGUUGUAGAUGACAAGAGUAAAGUAUAUGUAAAUUUUAGUACAUUCAUUGAGUAACCACUGAGGUUACAACUAGAAAGGUUGUAACGAUUUCCACAAAAGAAUAGAAUGUUGUUUAUAGAGUUUUUGAAA